CGGGGGGCGAGGCCCAAAGAGCCGCGCUGCACGCCGGGAAACUGUCAAGGCGGCCCCCACGCUUGCCUAGGCCUCCUGCAGGAGAUUCGAACUUAAAUCGGGACGCACGAGGUUUGCGAGCGGGUCAAGCGGGUUUAAAGCGUGUCGUUCCGCGGCUGAAUGCAGUUUAGUCGCGUUCACUCCCAUCGAGAUCGCGGACGGUGGCACUUGCCUUUACCGGCAGAGAAAGCAACCUGAGAAGGCCGCGAGACUAUUCUACGAAUGGCUUGGGCGGCUACACUUAAACACCUUCCCAGGAGAUUCUGGGCACCCCUCCGAGCGUCUCUGCAGUCCGUAUUGCUGGACUAUCCCGUGGAAAGUGGCUUCUCUUAUUCACGGUGCCAAACCGUUCGUGGGUAUCGCGUUUCGGCGCGGGCUCUGGCCGGUCACAACAAGUGGUCCAAAGUGAAGAACAUCAAGGGCCCUAAGGACACUGCGAGGUCAUUGGAGUUCAGCAAGUUGGGAAUCAUGAUCCGCCAUGCGGUGAAGGAGGGUGGACCAAACCCAGACAUGAACUCAACACUGGCCAGCCUGCUUGAAGUUUGCCGUUCCAAAAACAUGCCCAAAGCCACCUACGAGACGGCAAUCAAGGGCGCGGACAAGAGCAAGCCUCUGUCAAUCAUUAAUUUUGGGGUGCGUGGACCAGGAGGCUUCGCACUGUUAGUGGAGACUUGCACAGACAAUUACAAAAGAACCAACGGCGAAAUCCGCAACCUUGUGAACAAAAAUGGGGGGUCAAUAUUUGAAGGGGCAAAGAAUAGCUUUGAGCAGAGGGGAGUGGUGACGAUUCGGAAGGACAGUGACAGGAAGAACUUGGGUCUAGAGGAGGCACUGGAACUGGCAAUCGAAGUGGGAGCCGAAGAUGUCCGUGAGCAGAUCAGCGAAGAUGAUCCAGUCAACCUCCAGUUCGUAUGCGCAGUACAGUCAAUGCGCGAGGUACGUGAACGCCUGAUGUCCCUUGGCUUUACUCCGCUCUCCUCGGCAUUGGAGUUCAUACCGGUGCGGACUGUGGAGUUGAAGGGCGAGGAGAUGGAUGUGGCGGCACACCUCGUGCACCUCAUGGAGAAUCUGCCCGAUGUCGUGCGAGUCUACGACAAUGUCAUCUCCAUCGACAGCUGAGACCAGUGUUCUUGCUCAAACCCUGCAAUUUCACCUUGGACACUUGAAGAACUUCACUCUUGUUUUAAUUUUGCCAACUUCUGCAUUUUUUUUUUCCUUGAUAAAGGAACAUCAGUACAGCUACAAUAAUUGCACUGCACCAACCUGUGUCCAAAUGUAAUAUAUAUUGUUUUAAGGAUUUUGAAUAUGGUGAGUGUAAUACUAUUGCUGCAAUAAACAAAACAAAUGAAACCUU